AAACGAAAAACAUCUAUAAAACGUUGUCAGCCCUCCUUCAACACGCACACACAACACAGUCUUCGUGCACUCCGUCUUUCACAGCUCACUUCUCUCUCUAUCUCUCUCUCUCUCUCUCUCUCUCAAAUCUCAGAUCUCUCUCUGUUUCGAUGGCCUCCCUGACAGGAACUUCGAUUUCCAUGGCCUCGUUCAAGGCGAGCCUGGCACCUAGCAGCAGGGUCUCAAAUCUGAGAUCAGUUUCCCUUCCUAUUAGUGGGAAAAGCUUCACAUCGCUUAGUUUGCGGCCAGCACGCUUUCGUGUUUCUUGUGCGGCCAAACCAGAGACAGUGAAAAAGGUGUGUGAAAUAGUGAAGAAGCAGCUGGCUCUUCCUGAUGAUUCUGCUGUCUCUGGAGACUCAAAGUUUGCUGCCCUUGGAGCUGAUUCUCUUGACACGGUUGAGAUUGUGAUGGGACUUGAGGAGGAGUUCGGGAUCAGCGUGGAAGAAGAAAGUGCCCAGAGCAUUGCCACUGUUCAAGAUGCGGCGGAUCUGAUUGAGAAUCUCGUUGAGAAGAAGAAUUGUGCUUAAAAAACAGUUUCAGAGAAUGUCAGUCAUAUUUCUGUAUUAGCUUUUUCCUAGAGUUUUAUGUUCCGUGCAGAUCUUGCUACUGUCAGUUUGCCUGUUGUUCAAGGAGCUUGUGGCAUUCUCAAUGAACUCGCCUAGGGCUUCUUUGUUCCCCACUUUAUUUAUCUCGAACUUGUAUGCCUCCAUUUUAUAUAUCUUGCUUUUCUUGCC